AUGGCCGGCGAUCACGACAACGACGACCUCCCGCAGCCCUUCGACGCGAAGAAACUCGCCCCUGCUAAAAAGCGACAGCGAUCCACCUCACCAAGUGGCAGUAACACUCCUGCUACAAAUGAGCCACCGCGAAAACUCAAACGGCCCGGUCAGCGCGCUCGCAUCACCGACGCCGAGCGAGAGCAGAUCCGGCAGAGGGCACUCGAGCGGGAGCGACAAGCCCAGCAGCAGGCGGCAGCCGAAGAAUUGAAACAACGGUCGGGGAUUAAUGAUGUUGUGCGCGCACACUACAAUGCAGUACCAGAACGCGGCCGCGAAUGGCGCAAAACCGACAGCCGCAUCAAGGGUUUGAGAUCCUUCAACAAUUGGGUCAAGAGCUGCAUCAUCCAGAAGUUUGCGCCCGAUGAGGACCAUGCUCCUGGGUCAAUGGAGCGGGGGAUCAGUUCGGGGAACAAGCUGCUCGUACUGGACAUCGGGUGCGGCAAGGGCGGCGAUUUGUUCAAGUGGCAACAGGCGCCGCAGACGGUGGACCUUUACGUUGGACUGGACCCGGCUGAGGUAUCAAUUGACCAGGCACGGGAGAGGUAUCGGAGCAUGGCCAACCGAGGCGGUGGCGGACGGGGCGGUAGGGGCGGCCACCAUCGACGACCACCACGGAUCUUUGACUCGCGCUUCCACGUGAAGGACUGCUAUGCCGAGAGCAUCGGCGAUCUCGACAUUGUACAGCAGGUCGGGUUCUCGGAGUCGAGUGUCAGCAGCAGCCGCGGAUUUGACGUGGUGAGCCUGAUGUUUUGUAUGCACUACGCAUUCGAGACCGAGCAGAAGGCUCGGCAGAUGCUCAAAAAUGUGUCUGGCUCCCUUCGCAAGGGUGGACGUUUCAUCGGCACAAUCCCCAACUCGGACGUCAUCAGUCAAAAGGUAGCGGCUUUCAACAAACGCUUGGAAGAAAAGAAGGCGAAAGCCGCCGCCAACGCUGCCCCCACGAAUGCCGAUACCACUGCUGCCAAUGGUGAAGCCUCUGAUCCCCCAAGCUCGCCCCCUUUCGCACCAGCGACACCCGAGUUAGAGCCGGAAUCAAAGGACAAAGAAGAUGGUGAGCUCGAAGAAGGCGAGACCAAAGACGACGAGAAGGAGGAGGGCGAAGCUGAGGAGACUGCUUCCUGGGGCAACGACAUCUACCGUGUACGGUUCCCGGGGCCGACUCCAUCCGAUGGCAUCUUUCGUCCGCCGUUUGGCUGGAAAUAUAACUUCUUUCUAGACGAGGCCGUUGAGGAGGUGCCCGAGUACGUGGUUCCUUGGGAAGCCUUCCGCGCGUUGGCCGAGGAUUAUAACCUGGAGCUGCAGUACCACAAGCCGUUCGCGGAGGUAUGGGAGACCGAGAAGGAUGAUCGGGAACUGGGCGCGCUAAGCGAGCGCAUGGGUGUGCGGGACCGCAAUACGGGCAAGCUGUUGGUGAGCGAUGAGGAGAUGGAGGCUGCGGAGUUUUAUGUUGCGUUUUGCUUCUAUCGGGUUUAA